UACAUACGUUGUUGUACAUUUCUAAUAGUUUCUAUUCAAAUCUGAUUGUAUUUAGAUAUUUAUUAUUGUAUAUACAUCGAAAGAUAAAACGAAUACCAUAUCUUUUCACAAGGUGUUCUAAUGAAAUUUCUUGUUUCUAAAUAUAUGCACGUUAUUAUCUUAUCGCAAUUCAUAUUUCUAUUCAUAGAUUGACGAAAUAAAUCUUGUUAAAUAAGAAUAAAUCUUGUCAAAUUUAAAUGAACAACGAAACGGAAACGGAAGUUCAGAAUCGAGAAUUCUCGUUGCUCGAUUAAACGAACGUUUAAAAUAUUCUUUCCUUAUAUAGCGAAUGUAAUCAUCAUAACCUUCAUAACGUUCAUAUUGCUGUGAUAUCGUCAACAUGAACAACGCACUUAUUUUCACUUUGAGCUCGUUGCUUCUGGUGCUACCCUACGGAAGCACCAGACGAUUGUGGAAUGUAUAUCCGCGAGGAAAAGAAUAUCCUCUAGCUAACGAAGAGGACGUCGGUACGCCGCUUUUUCUCACACCUUUGAUAGAAAAUGGGAAAAUUGAGGAAGCACGAGGAAAGGCUGCUGUUCAACAUAAAGAAAUGGGUGACGUCAGUAGUUACUCGGGUUACUUGACGGUUAACAAAGCAUACAAUUCAAAUCUUUUCUUCUGGUUUUUUCCAGCCGCGCACAACCCAAAGACUGCACCAAUAGUACUAUGGCUCCAAGGUGGUCCAGGAGCAACUUCUAUGUUUGGUCUUUUUAUGGAGAAUGGUCCAUUUGCCAUAACUGCAAACAAGACUCUAACAAUGCGAAAAUAUUCAUGGACUAUAGCGCAUAGUUUAAUUUAUAUCGAUAAUCCCGUUGGUACUGGCUUUAGUUUUACUGGCAACGACAAGGGAUAUGUCACAAAUGAAACGCAAGUAGGGAAAGACAUACUUAAUGCUCUGAUACAAUUUUUCCAGUUGUUCCCAGAAUUACAAGAUAAUAAUUUCUUUGUUACUGGCGAAUCAUACGCCGGGAAGUAUGUACCAGCAGUGUCUCAUGCCAUUAAAGAUUACAAUAUCAAAGCAGAGACAAAGAUUAAUUUGAGAGGUUUAGCCAUUGGCAAUGGAUUAUGCGAUCCAGGAAAUCAGUUGUUGUAUAGCGAUUAUUUGUAUCAACUCGGAUUGAUAGAUUUAAAUGGCAGAAACCAAUUUCAAAUAUACGAAAAUAAGGGACGCGAUUUGAUUAAAAAAAGAAAAUACGUUGAAGCUUUUGAUAUAUUUAAUACGCUUCUUAACGGCGACAUGACUGGUACACCAUCUCUAUUCUACAACCUGACUGGUUUCGAUUUUUAUUAUAAUUAUCUAACGGCAGAAGGAAACAAUAACUCCGAUACAUUGAUGUAUGAAUUGAUUCAAAGAGCUGAUAUUAGGCGUGCUAUACAUGUAGGUAAUAUCACCUUUAACGUCGAAACCCAGAUUGUCGAGGAAAACUUGAAAGGGGAUGUCAUGCAAUCUGUAGCAGAUCUCUUAACGGAUCUUUUACAACACUAUAGAGUACUCAUUUAUAAUGGACAAUUAGAUAUCAUUGUGGCGUAUCCACUUACAGAGAAUUACCUACGUAAUUUGAAAUGGUCCGGCUCAAAGAAAUAUAUGAAAGUGCCAAGAAAAUUAUGGAUGAUUGGAGGCAAAUUGGCUGGUUACUCGAAAAGUGUUGAUAAUUUGACGGAGAUCCUUGUGCGGAAUGCAGGCCACAUGGUACCAUCGGAUCAACCGAAAUGGGCGUUGGACUUGAUUACGCGUUUUACACAUAACAAGAAGUUCUGAAUUACAUUAACAGAUUGAUGUAUUGACAUAUAUGGUAAAAGCUUUGAACUGUACCGCUAAAAAUAACGAAGUUUCAAAUAUAAACAUUAACCAAACACGAGCGAAUGUAAUAUGCCAGAAAAAUAAUCUUUUCAGGUAUUUUGAAGAAUUUAAUCAUGACCAAAGUGAGAUUAUGAUAAUAGAUUUAGUUCUGUGUAAUGUUAAAAUUACGUAGAUAAUUUGAAAUUUAUGUAGAUUUAUAAUAAAUAAUUUUAUUUCUUAAGA